CUCUGAGAAAUGGAAAUGAUGAAGAACGGUGUUAUUUUCUGCAUUGUAAUUUUUGUUUCAUUCUCAUCAAUGGAGAUGGCAUUAGCUGCAUCAAAUUGUACUAAUAAGAUCUACACCAACUACAUCAAGACAGCAUGCAAUUCAACAACGUACCCAUCCCUUUGCCGCAAGUCCCUCUCUUCUUACGCCUCCGCCAUUGAAUCCAACCCCCUGAAGCUCUGCAACACUGCCCUCUAUGUAACCAUCAGAACGGCACGGAAUGUCUCUUCAUUGGUGACCAAGCUCGCCAAAGAAAAAGGACUCAGCCCCACAGAGAUUGGCAUCAUCACCGACUGCGUUGAGAAUAUCGGCGACUCCAUCGACGAGCUCAAUCAGUCUCUCGCUGAAACCAACUACUUAGGCGGUCCCGACACGGAGCUCCACUUGGCUAACAUGAAGACAUGGGUUAGCGCAGCAUUGACGGACGAAGACACCUGCACCGAUGGGUUCGAUGGCCGGAAGGUGAGCUCGUCGGUCAAGAAGAAAAUCAGGAAGUCUGUGUUGAAUCUUGCUAAGAUGACAAGCAAUGCUUUGGCUCUCCUCAAUUAUCUACGUUAUUGAAAGUUGACGGAAGGAAUCAUAUUAUUGUUUCUAAUAUAAAAUUAGAUCAAUCUAUUUAAUGGUUUCCUUGUAAUUUCCCGUACAGGCUUUCAUUAAUUAUUAGCAAGUUAU